GUUGUGUAGCAAAAUUCCACAGCAGUGUGUGUGUCAUAACACCACAGGCUUCAGAGGGCUGUUCUGGAAAGUGAGGUCUGCUGUGCUUGCCGUCAGACGCUGAGGUACAGGGAAAAACUACAAGGCAAAAACUUUAUCUCUACUAACAGGUGGAGUUGCGUGGGACUCUAAUCAUGAUAACCAAACUGGGCAUGACGCUACUUCUGCUGGCUGUUGCCAUGGCAGUGGUGAUGGGACAGCGGCGUGACCGUCGCCCGGCAACCACAGAUGAGUGGAACUACAGGGAAGGCUCGGAGAAGGUGAAUAUGCGUGGGGUUUCCAAUCUGACUCAGGUUCUGGACAAUUGGAGGUUUGAUAUCCUGAGUCAGAUGAAGACACUUCUCCAGAAUGACCACCAGUCACUGCUUCCAGACUAUGCCAGAAUCCAGCCCCUGUCUGAGGCUCUGGAUGACCUUUACAAGGAAUUCAAUGCCCUCAAGGCUCACCUCGGUGACCUCAGUGAGAAGUUUGUUGCCAUUGAAGCCUUCAUUGAUGAGGUCAAGGCAGAGCGGACCAAUAGCGGGGCCUCUGUCCAGGCCACCAACCCGAACCCCGCCCCUAACCCACAGCCCACCAGGAGAAGAGUGGUCAAGAAGAAAGCUACUGCUUCCUAAAUGAAAAAAGCUACCCAUGUUAAAAGUGUCUUAAAAGUGUCUAAAAUGAAAAACGAAUAAAGCUAACUUUUUUGCAUAC